AUGUAUAUUAUUAAUUGGAGGCUAUUGGUGAACUAUUAAUUAAUUACGUAGACUAAAAACUGCUGAUUAAGCUAAAACCUUUACGUUGACACACUUGAUAGUAAUCAGUCGAACCAGGUGUGUUUGUAGCCCAGUUCAAGUCAAAUCAACGAAAAUGACUUACACCUGUGGUGAUAUUUUCAGCGGUUGCAGCACCCCGUCACUCCUUCCACACCCGGAUGUUCGAGCCCAACGAUGGACCGAAACCUGCAAAGACGCUCUUCUUGGUGGAUUAUCGUCCUUAUCUCAGUUUCUACACUCGCAGAAAGCCGGUUAGUGUACAGCCGAGGCUCCAGCACAGCAAACUCACGCACCCAGACCAGGACUCACGAUAACAUACAGCUCAGAGAGCCAGCGGUAAAACAGCAGCAAAGCGCAGAGCACAGCGUGCGACCUCGGCCUGUCGUGGUCAAGUGCCACCCGGACUCGAUGGAGGUCGUGGUGCAGGCCGACAUGUUUGAUACAGGCCUUCAGGUGGACGGUACACAUCUGCGCCUGGGCUCAGAUUCACUAGCUGAGGAGAGUGCAUGCAGAGCAUUCCCGUCAGGAGUUGCUGAAUUCACCAUCCGGACCAACCUGAUUGAUUGUGACACUAAACUCUCAUCGACAAAAGAGAAGAUUGUUUAUUCUAAUGUUCUGGUCUACUCACCGGAAGCUUCAUCUGAUGGCUUGCUUAGACUGGAUGGAGCAGCAAUUCCAGUUGAAUGCCAUUAUGAAAAGAAAUAUGCUGUGGAUAUCGUUUCUCUGCAUCCAACCUGGGUUCCUUUUGUCUCCAGGAUCUCAGCUGAGGACCAAAUAGAUUUCAAUCUGCGACUCAUGACUGAUGACUGGCAGUUUGACAGGGGGUCUUAUUCAUACUUCUUGGGUGACCCCAUUCAUUUUGAAGUCUCUGCCGUCAUUGGUAACCACAUGCCCCUGCGAGUCUAUGUUGACUACUGUGUUGCCACAGCAACUCCUGAUGCAGAGACAACCUUAAGAUAUGACUUUAUUGAACAUUAUGGAUGUCUUACUGAUGCUUACCUGACAAACUCCAUGUCCCGCUUCUUACCAAGAGUUGCGGAGCACAAGCUGAGAUUUAAGCUAGAUGCCUUCAGGUUUCACCAGGAGCCCAGGAACCAGGUCUACAUAACCUGCUACAUGAAGGCUGUUCCGGUCACAUUAACUGUCAGCUCACAAAACAGGGCCUGCUCUUUAAUUGAGAACAGAUGGCGGUCAGUUGAUGGGAAUGACCAGGCAUGUAGAAGCUGCAAUAUAUCCCAUCAGGUUGAGGAGCCUCCCUCAACAGAAGCCCCUGCAACUACCAUCAGCACAAAAGCCUGGUCCACCAUGAUUUCACAGGAAAGUUUAGUCCAGAGCGGAGAUGAACAACAUCCAGCCACAUAUAUCCGUUUCCGUCCAGGAAUGCAGCAGAGCCAACAAAACAAACCUCAUCAAUCUUCUGCUAGAUUAAUGAAGAGGGGAGCAGACAAUAAAGCAGAGAAAACUAUGCAGCUGGGACCCCUUAUUGUCCUCCCAUCCAGCAAAUUUGUAACAACACCAACAGAUGCCAAAGUGGUGCUUUCACCAAAGAGCAACACCACCUGAGACUUGGGAUAGCACACUGAGGGCUGUUGAUUAAGAAAAAAAACAAUGAUUUCACUGCUGCCAUGAACAGGACAAACAUUUUUGGCACAUGACAAACCCUGCAAAUGCAGAGAUUAAUCUCGUCAUUGUAGUCUCUUCUCAUUUGAGUUUUUCCUGUCAACCAUUUUCACAGGAACAGUAUUUACCAUUCUCCAUGUACUUUAAGAGGUAUUUUUUGUUACAGUGCUUGUCUUUUCCAUACAAAAGUCAACCGCUUUUUUUUUUUUUUCUUUCUUUCUUUCUUUUUUUUUUUUUUUUUUUUUUUUUUUCAAUAAAUAUUUUACCACAUUAACUUGGGGCUUUUUGUCGCAUCUACCUUGCAAGAACAGAUGAACAUCACAAUUUUCCCCAUUACUUGAUAUCUGAUCUUUACAAAAUCCAACAUCCUGUAGUGGUUGGCCAAGAAUUCAAUAUGGUUUAAAGCAAAUAAUUUAAUUACUAUUGGGUUUUAAGCACUCAGACUCAUUAGGCCCAUGCAACAGAAGUGGAUGUCAAAAGGAUGUGUUGUGUGUUUGUGUAUUUUUACACAUACACACAAGACAUAACAGAGUGUAUGCUUUUGAAAUCCACUGUAAAGAUUCAUCAAACAUAAUACUGGCUAUUUUGAACCAAGGAGAAAGGCAGACAUGCUAUUAGGGAGCAUUUCCCUCCAUUAUUACCCACAACCUACUCAUCAUGUAGUCACAUAAUUGAUCAAUCAUUGUGAGGGUAUAUAAUGGAACAUAAAAUGUUUGCUUUGCUGCAGCAUCCAGUAAAAUGAUUAGUCACUGUUCUCUGUAGUAUAGACCUACUUUUGAAAUUGAAUCAAAAUUAGAGCCUUUUUGAACAUUUUUGCUGACUUAACAGUUGCAGUCUACCGAAUGAGAGUUUUAGCAAAAGUCCUUGUUGACAGCACUUUCCACUUGCAGCAUCACAUAUACGAAUCAGCACGAGUGGAUGUAGACCAAACCAUUGCAGCCUUUUAAGAGAUGACCUGACUUGACCCCGGAAUGUACACGAAGCCGUAUUAAUAUUGCAAAUGGAAAUAGACCCUGUGUGCUCUUCCCUGCUGGAACAUUUAAGAUAUUUGCGUUUCGUUGUGUCAGCACCUCGGACAGCACCCUUCAUUGUUUUCCAUAGAGGGUGGGCUGAGCGCUCUCCGUGGUCCUGAAACAACAACCCUGACUUCUCCCGGCCGCUUGUUUUAAUGUCCCUUCCCCCCCGCCUUCAUAAUUAAUCAGAGGUCAUUUUUCAGUGCUUCCUACACGACUGGUCGAUUUCUUGGGCGCCUGUUUACUUUCAUAUCAAAUGAAUAAGCCAUUUGUGUCUAUGAUGUGUGUACUAUUUUCUUGACGGCAUCAAUAUAUUCGCUAAGUGCAUAAUAAAUCCUAGGCAUUCUGAAAUACACUUAGGAGUUAAUGUUAAGCUUAUUAGCAUAUUCAUAUGUUGCAGAGACAAUUCGUGCAGAUUCAUCUGUCUGACUAACUCUAAUUAUAGGCUACUUCAGUGAAUACUCUCUAUAUUCAAUGUGCGCACAUAUCUAUGUGAUUGUUCGUUUCCCAUCUUUUUUCCAAUAUUUUAAUAUGUCCUCUGUUCUUGCGGUGCGCUGAUGAUGGAUCUGCGUCAGCAUUACAACCAACGCAUCUUUCAUCGUAUUAUCCACAAGUGAAUCGUCUCGCCCGCAUCCUGUUUCCCAAGCGUUUUUAUCCAGGUCCAGUGGAUCGUUUCUCCCGUUUGAACAGAAAAGCGAUGUUUUUCCACAGAUGCCAAAUGCUGGUGCUGUUUAUCGUCUGCUUUCUUGUUCGCACAGUUGUUUAUUCCAUUCGAAAAUGUGGACAGGUCCUUUGCCGGGAUGACCAGGUCUGCUGCGUGCAGGGAAAUGACACCACUACCAGCUGUUGCAAGCAAUUCAUGGACAAGACUUACUACAACAUUGCCAUGGUCACCCGGAAACUUUCUGGGAUUCUUAUUUUGCUGCUUCUCUUCGCUGUGGGAUACUUUGUCCAGAGAGUGUUGUGUUCUAGGUCCAGGCAGCUCACCCCGCCACACAACGGACACCCAACUGUUACCACAUCACAAGAACCGCUUGUGGAGCGCUGCACACCGGACAGCUUGAUGGAUCCAGCCCUAGAUGCCCAGCUGCCCACAUACGAUGAAUGCAAACGCUUGCCGACAUAUGAAGAGACGGUGCGGGAUGGGAACAGGGGACGGCUGGAGUCUUCUAUGGGACAAACUACAUGAAGGGGACGAAGUGGACCUUUACUAUACAGCAGUGUAGAUCGACAUUUGAGAUUGUAAUUUAUAUGAUCAAAGUUGAUAUUUAAGAAACACCAAAAACAAACUGCCCAGGACAUUGUCUGGUAGCCUGUUUUCCCUGCAGCCUGAUGUAUUCUUCUGUGAAUACUUUCGACCUAAUAUUUUAUCUUACGUUGCACUAUUUCUUUCCAGAAAUGUGUGGGCCAACGAGAGUCCAAGUUUUCUGUCAUGUUCUUAAAAGGCACCCUUUAUUAAUGGCUUUGUUGUUGUUGAUCACCCAAUGUUUCACAGGUCAGUAACAAACCACUAAUGAGACUACGUUUGGGGUUGCCAAGUCUCUUUGGCUGGUGUAGUAUAUGAUGCUGCAUCAUGAUACUUGCUCUGUUUUUUUGGCUCUUGAAUUCAUCGGGAAUUAUCUUGAAAUAAAAACAAUUUACAAACAACUUCUUAUCAUUUAGCACAACAGACUGGAUGGAGUAUUGUAAGAACCCCAAUGAUUUACACACAACCAAGAAUCACUGCAGCUGUGCCUGUAUGACCAAAACAUACCUAAAAACGUAUGCUUGUUUAUUAUAGCUCGCUGAUACUGAUGCUGUAUCAGUGAGAUGCUUAUGUUUAAUGUACUUGCCCAUGACUGUGUGAGAUAAUCGAAUUCUGUUUAAUAAUUGAAAGAAGAUAUGCAUACACCAAUGAAAACAUCUCUACAGUUACUUAUUGUGUGUGUCGGGUACUCAGCAGUGGUUUUAAUGCACCGUAAUAUACUUAAUGGUAU